AUGGCAGUCCCCAACGACAAGAAAGCGUGGGAGGAAGGGGCCGAAAGAUACAGGGGCCAGCGAUUACUCCCCCAUAUCAUUGAUUAUUAUGCCCAUCACGAACCCGAUCGGGUUUUCGCAUCGAUCCUCAAGUCGGGGAGCCUUGACAAUGGCUUUGAAGAUAUCACAAUGGCGAGAUUGGCGACCGCGGUCAAUUAUGUGAGCUGGUGGUUGAGCAAGAAUUUGAAGACACGCAACACGCGACGCACACUGGCUUACAUCGGCCCGAGUGAUCUACGAUACACUGUCAUAUUCUUGGCAGCCAUCAAAUGUCGGUGGAGGACUUUUUUUAUCAGCCAUCGAAACCCAAUCACUUUGAACCUCGGUCUUUUGCAACAAUCCGAUGUAUCCGCACUUCUAUAUGCAGACACCUUAAAAUCCCCCGCCAAAUCUAUACAAAAGUUCGAUCCGUCAAUAUCUUGCAAGCAAAUGCCGUCGAUGAAUGACAUAUUCAAUUCCGAAUCGCCCGAUUUCCCAUUUGAGGCUUCGUGGUCGGAUAUAAAAGAUGAAAACUGCCUAAUCUUACAUUCCUCUGGCUCGACGGGUCCGCCAACACUGGUGAACUACACACACGCCUCAUUUUCUUGCACAGAUAACGACCCCAAAAUUCCAGUGCCCCCAGGAAGGCGCCCUCAGAAUGGAUCACAGUUUAUGUUUGACACGCCUGGUCGUUAUUACUCAUCCUUCCCAAUCUUCCAUCUUCUCGGUAUUCAAGCAUACAUUCUCAUCCCUUCUUUCUUUCCCACUUCCACUGUGGUCAUGGGUCCUCCACACAUAGCGCCAAGUGGUUCUUUGGUAGAUACUGUUAUAAGAGAGCAGAAUGUUCGAGCCCUUUGGCUGCCACCACCAGUUAUCGAGCAAUGGAUUUCAAACCCAUCCUCUUUGGUACAAGCAGAGAAGCUCCAGUUUGUCGCAUACGGUGGAGGAAUAAUGUCAAAAGCAGCAGGUGAUAAGCUUAAUAAGGUGACCGAUGUGUGCCAAAUUUACGGCUCUGUCGAGGCGGGCCAAGUUCAGUUGCUGGUUCCUCAAAAAGGAGACUGGCAAUUCUUAGAGUUCAACCCUGUGGAGGAAUGUGACAUGCAAGAAGUGGAAGACGGUGUCCAUGAACUGGUGUUUCAUAACGAUAAGAAGUUCCUGGGCCGGCGAACUCUUUCUCACACAUUUCCCGAUGUGCAAACAUGGCGAUCCAGAGAUCUAUUCACUCCUCAUCCGACAAAGCCUGGUCUCUGGAGCUUCUACUCUCGCAAGGAGGAUAUUAUUGUGCUAGCAAACAAUCAGAGGGUAUGGCCGAUCCCUAUGGAGAACGUCAUUUCAGGUGAUCCCCUCAUUAGCGGAGCCUUGGUCGUUGGAAACGACCGUCCUGAAGUUCUUCUGCUUGUUGAGCCAAGAUCCUCACCCGAGGUAGACCGCAUGAGCAAGAAAGAGUUCAUUGACGCUAUCUGGCCAAUGGUUGCCCAAGCGAACAGGAUUGCACCCUCGCAUGCCAAGAUUCGAAGGUCUCGAAUUACACUCAGUCAACCAAAUCUUGGUUUCAUUCGCACGCCCAAGGGAAUGAUCGCACGCAAACCUACCGAAUCCCUCUACUCCGAAUACAUCACCGCAGCCUUUGUAGACGGCACCACCGACGAGCAAGGAGAGAUUGGAGUUCUAGAAAACUAUUGGACAGACGAAGCCAAGAGGUUUAUUGGAUCUGUUGUCCAUGACAUUCGCCCCGACAGCAACAUCAGAGAGACAGACGAUUUCUUUGUUCUCAAAGCCAUGGACUCCUUAUCAGUAUUGGAACUCGGGCAGAAGCUCAAGCUGGGUCUCUCUGGUCGCAUGGACAAGGAAAAGAAUACCAUCGACUUCUGGAUGCGAACGAUCUUUGAAAACCCUACCAUCGAGAGUCUUGCAACUGCCACGCUGGAUGCGGUAUUCGGACACGGUGAAAGUGGUCAAUCAGAACAAAGGUUUAGCGUCGAUGGGCUCGUGGAGGACCUCAUAGCCCACCUUCCCGAGCCUAUGUCGACCACCCCACCCCCGCCUCUUAACACAGAGAACAUCAAAAUCGUGCUACUUGGCUGCCAGGGCCGUCUUGGUCCAUAUCUCGUGAGAAGCUUGCUUGAUGAUGAGCGGGUAGCUGGCAUCAAGUGCUUGGACUGUGGGCCUGACGUGCGAGAAAUGUUCCAGAUGCGUGUAGACGAGCUAGGCCUCGACGUGGACUCCAGAGACCCGCGCCUACAAUUCGUUCCCAUCAACCUCGCCAAGCCGGCCUUGGGCUUACCCGAAAAACACCUCGAUGAAAUCUGCACUCAUGCAGAUGUCAUUAUUCACAGCAUCUGGACCGUAAAUUACGCCCUAUCCUUGGCGUCAUUCACACCGGAAGUUCUCAAGAGUGUCUUCACCGUAAUCGACAUUGCAAACUGCGCCACUUCUCGCCCACGCGUGGUCUUCGCCUCGAGCGUCGGCAGCGUGCACCGGUGGGCAAAAGCCAUUUCCCCCACCGUGCCUGUCCCGGAGGAAGUCGUCAACUGCGCAGCGGUGGCAAUGGAAACAGGCUAUGGACAAUCGAAGCAGGUAGCGGAGCGAUUUCUCGCUGCAGCAGGGGCCAAACUGCAGAUCCCGAUCUCGAUCUUGCGCAUUGGGCAGAUUGCCGGCCCGACCAAAAUUGAGGAAGGUGGCAAGUGGGAGAGUCGUGACUGGUUACAGUCACUAGCCAUUCUCUCCAAAGCUAGUGGUCUGGUGCCCACGACUGACUUGGCGCAUAUCAACUGGAUUCCAGUGGAUCAAAUGGCGAGCGUGAUACAGGAAAUUGCGUUGCGUGAACAGCAUGAUGAUCACGAGACAGCUACUCCCAACGUGCAACUUUAUAACAUAGUGCAUCCGCGACCGAGCCCAACGUCCAAGUUUUCCGAGGGUCUGCAAAAGUGUAUAUCCUCUCCCCGGAUGGUUGGGUACCCCGAAUGGGUCUCUCAUUUGUCCGGCCUUCCUCCCAAUAGAUUGUCAAAGGAGGCGGAGGAGGAGAGGGCUCGUGUUUUGCCUUUCUUCCAGACGCUUGUUAGUGAAGGAUUCGCACGCUUUGAUAUUAACAAAGCUUUGGCGGUUAGCCCAACCAUGUCUGGAAUGGAACCGAUUUCAGUCGAGUCGAUUGUGAAAUGGUGCCGCCAGUGGACUGCGACUGAGACUGAAGAUUUGUGA